AUUCGUUUGAUUGGCGCCACUUUUGGCAAAUAAUAUAAGCGCCGCUCACAAUGAUCUGUUUCAAAACACUGCCAGGUCAACCAACAGACAACCUUACGUCUUUCUUUUCAGAAGUCCUUCCAUUUGAAAAUGCCAUUGACAAUUCCUCCAGUAGAGGCACCUUUCGGCGUGGUCGAUAUGGGAUCCAACGGGAUUCGCUUUGGUAUCAUACAUUCUCUGGCCCGCCACCUUCCUGUCCUGUACGAGGAACGUGCCCCUAUUUCUCUAUUUGACGCCCAAAGCAGCGACAAAGUGAUCCCUGAGGACGUUAUUGACGAGGUCAUCACCAGCUUUUUGAGAUUUAAAGCUAUAUGUGACCAAGCGGGAGUUGCCCCUGGUAAUGUCCGUUUGAUCGCUACCGAGGCUACUCGGAUCGCACAGAAUUCAGCGCAAUUCCAGGACAGGAUCUUCCAGGCCACUGGUUGGAAAACAAUUCUGUUACGUAAGGAGGAAGAAGCUUUGGUCUCGGCUAUGGGCAUCGUUGGUUCAUUUGAUCAUGUUCGUGGAUUGGCUUUGGAUCUAGGCGGUGGAUCAGUGGAAUUGAACUAUCUCAUUCGCGAUUCCACUACUUCCAAUACUGAGCAAGGCUUUAGCAGCAGUAAAAACGCCGUUUCAUUACCGUAUGGCGCGGCAGCGCUAAAGAAGUUUUUAAUUGAACACGAUGAUGACGAAGAGCGCGAAAAAUUUGCCCAGAAAUUGAUAGCAGAGCUUACAGAUGCUCUGGAGAAGGUUGAGGUGCCAGAUGGAAUCAAAGCACAAAGUGAUGCCAAUGAUGGUCAUACGAUCUAUCUCUCGGGUGGUGGAUUCCGAGCAUUGGGCUAUAUGUGUAUGUCGGACUCGAAACUCUAUGGUGGCGAUAAUGAACAAAGUAGCCGCCAGUAUCCUGUACUUAUCAUCAAUGGAUACUCUAUCUCGGGAAAGACCCUCAAAAAGUUGGCCAAGAAAUAUGUCGAUCGAGCACCUGAGGACCUUGUUAAGGAACUCAAAGUUUUCCGAAUUUCAAAGCGCCGAGCAACCAUGAUCCCUGCUUGCAGCUUCUUGGUCCUUGCCCUAUUCAAAGUCUUCAAGGUGCGAACCGUAUACUUUAGUGAAGGUGGUGUUCGUCAGGGCGUUUGUUUCAAUAUGCUAUCCCUGGAGGAAAAAUCAAAAGACCCAGCAAUUGAAGGUAUCAAACAAUAUGCAGAAGCAUCUCGAUAUGCUCUUUCAGAAGAUCAAUUCAAUGGUUUGUAUAAAAAAGUCGUGAGAGCCAUUCCUCCCUUUUACCUUGAACCCAACCAUCCUCUCCAGCUACACCGUCUGUUGCCUUGUGCCAUUUACUUGUCCAACCUCUUCACUCACUACCCCAAGGAAUCAAGAGCCACCAUUGGUUUCCACAUGCCACUUGCUGGUGGCCAACUUUCCAACAUCCCCGGUUUACUCCACCACCAUCGAGCAGCGCUUUCCUUAAUUCUGACCCAUCGACAAGGCGGAGAGGUGGCUGAUCCUAUCUACAAAGAUAUUGUUAGUCUUCUCGGCCCAAAGGCAGCAGCAGUGUGUAUGUACGUUGGCCGUGUCAUGGAAUACUAUUACGCCUUAUCGCCUUUGAACCCUGGAAUCGGUUUGGAUGAACUUGGCGUCGAUAUCUUCCCGGCGUUUAGAGAAUACACUGAUGAAGAAUAUCCACCCUCAGAGAUUGCGGUGCAUAUGCCAUCACAGUCUAACCCAAUGGUAGAUGCGCUUAGCGUUUCUUCUAUCCUUGAUAAUAUCAUAAAAAUCGCAAAACAGUCAUCUUUUAGAGAAGAAGCAGCACCUUUAUUUUCAGUCAGCCUAAUCCGUAAGGUGGACUGAUAUGUAACAUCUC